AUGAUAACAAGCCGGGAGCUCAUCACUCUGACGGGCCGGACAGGCCUCGUCGUCCAUGUAGCGUUUUGCUUCCUCUACGUCACCAGUCUGGGCCUGCUGACUGUGAUCAGCGUCCAGCGCUGCCUGUCUGUCCUCUUCCCCAUCUGGUGCAAGGUCUGCAGGCCCCUGUCCACAGUGGUGUGCACCCUGCUCUGGGGGCUGGCCUUCCUGACCACCACACUCCUUUACUCCUUCUCUGGCGACAGAUACAAUUCUGAGUCUCUCUGGAAGGGCAUUGAAAGACUAUUUCCCUUUAUUACUCUUCCCGUUGUGGGGAUCUUCACACCCGUUAUGAUCCUCCUUGUCCAGACCCAGAGGAGACCCUCCCAGUGGUGCCAGCACUCGUCCAGGGUGUUUGUGAUUGUCCUCGUCUCGGUCCUGGUGUUCAUAGUCCGUUCUCUGCCCCUUGGCAUCGUCUGGACCCUCCAGUCCUGGUCAGGCAUCCGUGCUGACGAUGUGGUUAUAAACCUGACACGGUUCACCUCGUCCCUGAGCAGCAGUGCCAACCCCCUCAUCCUCUUCCUGGUGGGCAGAGGGAGGGGCGGCAGCUUGCGGGCCCCCCUGAGGACUGUACUCAGCAGGGCCUGGCAGGAGGACUCGGAGUUGGGCAGCAAAGAGACGCCCUCCACAAUUACUGAAGAGAUGGGUCUGUGA